AGAAAAGUUUUCAACAUUAAUGAAAAGUGAUGCAGUAAGCAGCUACAAAUUUAACUGCAGAGAUCUCCUUGGCGGCUCCACCCUAUAAAAAGUAGUUGGAUGAUCCUGCAUGGUUGCUUCUCCUCCAUUCCUUUGGAACCAUGAUGACCCAACCAUCAGCAGCACCAUUCAAAGUAAUCCAAGUUUGUUCAGUUGCACCGCUUGAGGCACCAAAAACAAACCCUUCCACCACCGUGGCUCCAACCUCUCUCACGCUUACCUUCUUCGACCUCUUAUGGCUCCGCUUCCCAGCCGCCCAAUGUCUCUUCUUCUACUCCUUCCCACACCCAACCUCUUCAUUCCACAACUCCCUUCUCCCCUCUCUCAAACACUCUCUUUCUCUCACUCUCCAACACUUCCUCCCUUUCGCUGGCACCAUCACAUGGCCCCACAACUCACCCUCACCCAUUAUCUCCUACGUCCCCGGCAACACUGUUCCCCUCACAAUCGCCCAAUCCAACGCUGACUUCGAUACUCUCUCUUCCAACCUCUGUGAAGCACCCGAACGACACCGUUUCGUACCCCAGUUGACAACUUCCCAUGAACAAGCUUCAGUCUUGGCACUUCAGGUCACAGUGUUCCCAAACACUGGCUUCUGCAUUGGAAUAACCACACACCAUGCAGCUUUCGAUGGAAAAUCUUCAAUCAUGUUCAUCAAAUCAUGGGCAUACAUAUGCUCUAAUCUUCAACACCCUACACCUUCACCGACCCUAUCGUUACCUCAGCAUCUCACACCUUUCUUUGACAGAUCCGUGAUAAGAGACCCUUCUGGACUAAGUGAAGCGUACGUGGCCACGUGGAUGCAUCACGGUGGUCCCAAUAAUCGAAGUCUCAAGGUGUGGGAGUCCAUUAUCACGACGUCAAACGAUGGAGUCAAAGGUUUGUUUGAGUUAACCCCCUCACAGAUUCUAAAGCUCAAGCAACAUGCACAGUGUAAGAUGAAAGUGGGUGUUCAGUUGUCAACGUUUUCUGUUACGAGUGCUUAUGUGUUGACGUGUUUGCUCAGAGCUAAACAGCCAGCGGAAGAUAAUGUGUCUUUCGUAUUUGCUGCGGACUGUAGAUCGCGCUUGGACCCUCCAAUUCCUGGAACGUAUUUUGGAAACUGCGUUGCGUCCAAAAGGGUUAGGGCGGUGACAAAGAAGUUGGUGGGAAACGAUGGGUUUGUUAGUGCUUUGGAGGGGAUAGGUGAGGUUUUGAAUAGUGUGAAGGAUGGUGGAGUGCUAAGUGGAGCAGAAUGUUGGGUUUCGGAAAUGCAUGAAAAAGUGGACGGAAGAAUGUUCCCUUGUGCUGGAUCGCCGCGGUUUGAGGUUUAUAGUACUGAUUUUGGGUGGGGAAGGCCUAAGAAAGUGGAUAUAACUUCCACAGACACAACAGGAGCAUUUUCUUUUAGUCAGAGUAGGGAUGACAGUGGAGGAGUUGAGAUUGGACUGAUGUUAGAUAAACGUGAGAUGGAAGAUUUUACUACCUUUUUUGUACAAGGACUUGAAUCCCUUUAAGGUUGAAACUUCACUAUUUUGAGGCAACUGUAAUUCGAUCGCCCUAUAUUUAAAUUGUUGUGUGACAUUUGUGAGAUCUAAGAGGAAAUUGAGAGCAUUAGCUUCCUACCUCUCCUAAAAAUUUGUGUCAUCAAACUGCAAGCAUCUACUGACAAUGCUUUGCAGGUACCUUUGGGAGAUUCAUAUUUUAUUUGCUGGUUAUGAUUUCAUAACAGUUUGCUUUUGUUGUGUACAAUUUGUCUCGUUAAGAUUCCUUGAAGUAUUGUUUUAGAUGUGUCGUUUUCUUAA